AGCCAUAUUUGGUGUUCCGAUUUGCCGGUGGUCGUCGGGUUGAGCCCCGCCGGGAGGGUGUCACACCCUCCUCCCCAUCGCGCUUCUCUGCUUGUGGAUUGUUGCGCCGCUGCGCCACACCGCGGCCCACCGAGGAAACAGCGCGCUCUUUCGUCGACCGCCGAGGCGCCUGCUCGCCCGCUGCUGUCGCUGCUCGCCGCCAUUGCUCGCAGCGUCGCGGCCUUGUGUUGUGUUUUGGGAGACUCCACACCUGGGUCGCGUUGUGCGGGGCUCGCGAGAAAGCCGGAUACCUUGGAUCGUGCGGGAUUUUGACUCCAUGGCGGGCGCCUGAAGAGCCCGGUGCGUCUUCCGCGCCGGCGUGGACAGCAGCCAGCUGAAGGCGGCGCCCCCCGACGGCCGUCUCUGGCGGCUGCAUCGAUCCGCAAUGUUCCCCAAUAGGCAUCCGACUGUUACCGGAUACUGGUCGAAGAUGCUGGAAAAUUUUCAGGGACCCCCGGCGCAGGCGGGCCAGCCGUUCAAGUUUACCGUGUCCGAGACGUGCGACCGCAUCAAGGAGGAGUUCAACUUUCUCCAGGCGCAGUACCACAGCCUCAAGCUCGAGUGCGAGAAGUUGGCCAGCGAGAAGACCGAGAUGCAGAGGCACUACGUCAUGUACUACGAGAUGUCGUACGGUUUGAACGUCGAGAUGCACAAGCAGACGGAGGUGGCCAAACGGCUGAACGCCAUCAUCGCACAGAUCCUGCCAUUCCUCUCGCAAGAGCACCAACAGCAAGUGGCGACCGCUGUGGAACGUGCCAAGCAGGUCACCAUGACUGAACUCAACGCCAUUAUCGGGCAGCAGCACACCGGCCUGGCGCACCUCAUGCAACAGAUGCAAGCUCAGCAACUCGCGCAUGGGGGCCCCGGUGCCAUGGGUCCGCUGAUGCCCCAUGCAUUGGCCCUGGGGCCGCCCAACAGUGCAGCCAGCCUGCUCGCUCUCUCCUCGGGGUUGGCGCCCGUGGCCGCACUCAAGGAGCACGACAAGCGUGCCGCUGCUGCAGCCGCUGCUGCACACGCGGCUGCUGAUGAUAGGAGAAAUUCCCCUUCUCCACGUGAUGCAAAGUUGAGAACACGGACACCGGACACAGAAUCUGACAAGAAGCGGCGGAAAGAAGACAAGCAUGAUGUCAUUGUUCAUGACAAUGAUGAUGAAAACCAGGAUGUGGAUGUUGCGAAUGAGGACCCUGUAUCUCCUGCUAACAAUGGGAGCUUGUCACCACGAGAGAAUGGCAGUGAGCGACCCAUCAAGCGGGAAAGGCCACCUAGUCGCUCAGGCUCCUCUUCCAGUCGCAGUACCCCGGUCUCCUCAAAGUCCACAAAGGAUGGCUUGGGUGAUAAAUCUCCCACACCGGUGUCAAAAUCAUUAACUCCUACGAGUUCGGGCUCCACAACUCCUGGUUCCAGUGGUGCAGCCAAGCCGUCCCUGCCCGGUUCCUCUUCCAAAUCGGCUGCUCUUGGUCCCUAUCCGUACCCCCUGGGAGGUGCACCACAUGCGUUGGCCGCAGCUGACCUCGCCGCUGCCAACUCAGCAGCCUUCCCUCAGCUGCACAGCUCGGCACUCAGUUCCUACUCGCGAUCUCUGUUGUCCUUAUCGCAGGUUGCAGGCUUUGACGCACACCCAUCCCUGCGGCCACCACCUCACUUUGGCACCAUUCCAGGCGGAAAACCGGCCUAUUCGUUCCAUGUGAGUGCAGAGGGCCAGAUGCAGCCAGUGCCAUUCCCACCAGAUGCACUUAUGGGGGCUGGUAUUCCACGGCAUGCACGACAGAUUAACACACUGUCGCAUGGUGAAGUGGUGUGUGCGGUGACCAUCUCGAGCCCCACCAAGUAUGUCUACACAGGAGGCAAAGGAUGCGUCAAAGUCUGGGACAUCAGUCAACCAGGAUCCAAGAGUCCUGUUUCACAGCUUGACUGUCUGCAAAGGGACAAUUACAUCCGAUCCUGCAAGCUUCUUCCUGAUGGGAGAACACUCAUCGUGGGUGGAGAGGCUAGUACCAUUUGCAUCUGGGAUCUCGGUGCGCCGACCCCGCGGAUCAAAGCUGAGCUGACUUCAAGUGCACCUGCGUGCUAUGCCUUGGCCAUCAGCCCCGACUCCAAGGUUUGCUUCAGCUGCUGCUCGGAUGGGAACAUUGCUGUCUGGGACCUGCACAAUCAGACGCUUGUCAGGCAGUUCCAGGGGCAUACAGACGGUGCAAGUUGCAUCGAUAUUUCGAGUGAUGGCACCAAGCUGUGGACUGGUGGUCUGGACAACACUGUGCGCUCUUGGGACCUUCGUGAGGGGCGGCAACUGCAGCAGCACGACUUUACGUCACAGAUCUUCUCAUUGGGCUAUUGCCCCACAGGAGAGUGGCUGGCUGUUGGCAUGGAGAGCAGCAACGUGGAAGUUCUGCACUGUAGCAAGCCAGACAAGUACCAGCUGCACCUGCAUGAGAGCUGUGUCCUGUCGCUCAAGUUUGCCUCCUGCGGCAAGUGGUUUGUCUCCACGGGCAAGGACAACCUGCUGAAUGCCUGGAGGACGCCUUACGGCGCAUCCAUCUUCCAGUCCAAGGAGUCCUCAUCAGUGUUGAGCUGUGACAUCUCUUCAGACGACAAGUACAUCGUCACUGGCUCAGGAGACAAGAAGGCCACUGUGUAUGAAGUGAUCUACUGAGCACCCACUAUGCCCCGUCGUUCCUAAUGUGUUGGCCAGCAGAGUGUUACAGGGCUGCACACACUGUACAAAGCAGAGAUUUCUCAUCUGCCCCCUUUCUUUGUUUUAGCAGAGAACUGUUUGUGGGGUGGCUAUUAGUGCCACUAAAACUGAACCAAGGACUCUAUCCUGAACACGGGCUUUAAUGACAGCACGGUCAGCGCUCCUGAGACAAACAACCUGUGUGCUGCCAAUCCUGCAUGCUGCUGAUAUUGUGAUCAUGACCAGUUCACUGUUCCUAUUGCAUUGGUAAUGGCAUCGUGGCGUUUAGCAUAUAAUAAAGUGCUUUGUUGAUGCCCGUGCGGAAGAACAGAUUAUUGUAAAGAUCAUCUCGGCCUCCUGCUAUCAUGUGUCGAGGAUACUGGAAUGCUUUUAUGGGUAGGAGGAGAUGCAGGGAAAGGUAGCAUUUGUUACUUGCCUACCACGGUAAUGUCCGGUCAGUGUCUGCACAUGGCAACCAUAUUGAGGGCCUUGGUGUAGGACAAGUCCCCUUCCUGGUCCCCUCUCCGAGUUUCGAUGCUGCCGUUGUCAUGUUCCGCACAUCCCCCUUGAUUUGAAGGUAUUGAAAGCUAGGUUUGUGGGCAUUACUUUCUGUGCUUUUUGCAUUAAAACUUGUAUUAGGUGACUGUUUGGGAUAUGAGUGUGGUGCUCACUUUCUGCAUUUCGCUUCUGGAUAAACUCUGUUCAAGUGACCAGUGCAAUUGCAGAUGGCCUUCUGUUGUGCCAUGAAGGAACAUGUUGGCAUGUAGGCUUGGCACAGUUGGUAAGGAACCUUUCUUGCUGUAAAGGAAGUUAAAGGGACACUAAAGGCAAAUACUAAGUCAAGCUAAAGUGAUGCAUUAGUGCACGAGUAUCUCUAAAGCGUCAAUAUUAUCGCGAGCAGAGCCUUAGUAAUAGAGAAAUUAAGGUAAAUGCAGGACAUGAUUAGCGACUCCCCCGGGACAUUCAAGUACUCGCCCGAUGACGAAGGCACUCCUCAUUUAAAUUCUGUCACUAGUACUGAACCACUCGUUAUGAAAACAUCAUUGUACUGUAUUAUAAGAAGAAAGAAAAUACUACUUCACCAGUUGUAUUACAUUUUUACAAAAAAGAACUAACUGACAUUACACCGUUGACAACAACGCGGGCGGUCAAAAUGUUUCGUGUUCGCUCGACUCUGCGCCGCCCGCACUUUCGCGUUUCAGUUUUUCUGUUAACGUGUAGUGUUGCACUUGUUUUUCUGGCUCGCGAACCUCGCACUAACUGCAAGUAGCAGAGAAUUCCACUUCCACGCGACGUCGCGGAAUGCCCGAACGGUCUACGCCACUUUACCAAAAUCAGCUGCAGCGGCGCACCGUACCGCCAUCUGUCGGGCGCCGUUACACUCACCAACGGCAGAAAAUGGCGUAUGCAACGUCACAACUCCUCAAUUGGCGUGGCGGGUGAUUUGAAUUGCAAUAAAAUUAUUUGGACCCUUCAGAUCCCAUUUUUUCGUAAACUAAGUCUUUUCUUUGCAUGAGACAAGCGUUUUGAGGUUUCCGGAAAGGUAUUUAAACAGUCCACGUCGACUUAGUAUUUGCCUUUAGUGUCCCUUUAAGAAAUCUCUCUUGGUAGUUAAAAAGUAAUGUUCAUGGGUACAGUGCUGAUUAAAAUUGACCACUCUUAGUACCUUGUCUACCUCCUUCAACUGGUUGCCAUAAACAAAGAAGAAAAAAAGAAACUGGUUCUUCACGACUAUGCCUCUGGCCGCCGCAUAUCACAGCUUUGCUGAAAAGCGCACAAAAAAAAAAUGUUUUUGAACUCUCACACUAUGCCAAAUUUGUCUUUAGAUUCAUCGUGUAAGAAAUGAAAGCAACCGCACUUGUACAAGAGAAGACUUCUUGCUGUAUUUUCCUUUUACUGUUUCAUCAACUCAUGAGACCAUUAGGGAUAUUUGUCUUAGUUUGAUGAUGUCAAUCUGUGACACAGCACUGGCUUGCACUAGCAGUGGUAGGGCUGUUGUGUGUGAAAUAAGAGGCCUGUUUUCUUUUCUAGUAUAACAUCAGGAACUACACCAUCACUUCAUGAAUUGAGUGCACAUGUGUCUAUGUUGGUGUGCGUGAGUAUGUGUAUGAAUGCUCAUUCAGGGCAUGGAGUAUACCUUGAUGGUUUACUCUUGGAAACCCUCUGCACUGUAAAUAAAGAUGUUACAGCAUUUCAGGUGUAAACUUGGCAUGCUGAUGGUGUUUUUGUUGAAAUAGGUUGGAAAGAGACUGAUGGUGUUCUGCAUUCUUGUUGGAGCUACUAGCAAAGGGUUAUGAACAUGGUCUGUAUGUGAAUGCUUUGAUAGAAGCGCACCUUUUUGAUGUCACCUUGGAAUAAAAGGGAGCAUCAGUGCCAGUGUUUUGCCCUUGGGCGAUGUGCAACACUUUUGCUCUGUGUUGAACUAUGAGGGAAAGUUCCUCCCUUGUGGGCAGUGCCGUCGGGGCACCAUGUGAACAACUUGCUUAGAUUUUUUUAAACUCUAGGCCAUGCUGCCAAAGUGUGGCAGACUACACUAGAACAAAAUUUGCAUUGUGAAUCUUGUGUUGUUUGAAUGGCUUUGAGUACCCAUACUGAGGGUCUUUUACAAUUUCAUUUUGGUUUUGGCAUAAUUGGGCUGCUAUCAUGUCAUCUUUGCAGAACACUUUGGAAUUCUCCAAGCGCAUAUUCGCUGUACUUGCAGCAGUACAUUCUCGGGCUUAUCUGGUACUUGGUACCAUGAAAUAUUAUUUCUUGUUGAAUGAGUUGUAUUGUAAAGUUUAAAAACCUUGACUUGUUGCUUACAGAAAUAAAGCAUUGAAUGCAAUGUUUGCAAUGAUAGCUAGCUACUCAUUUUCUUCUUGAAACAAUGGUGCUCAUCAGUAUGCAUCUAGUCUGUUGAGUUUGCAGCUCUGUGUGGUUUUCACAAUUUAUUUAGAUUUAUGGGUGAAGCAAAAAGUUAAUUGAUGGGAGACAGUUGAACAUCCACUCUAGAAAAUGUUUGUGAAUGUUAUCCUUCUUGUGCCUCCAUUUGAAGUUAACAGGAAGUGGAAAUAUUUUUCUUUUACAAAUGUGACUGGCCUGUAACCAAUAUGCGUUUGUUUCUGGGUUUUUGAUUUGAUGUCUCAUCUCUGUGAUCUUCACCAUCUAUGUCCACGGUGGCUUAAAGCAUGCACCAGCAGGGCCAAAGCUUAACAAUGGCAUUUUUUUUUGCAGGAAAGCUUUAAUAAUUGCUGGAUGGAUAUAAUUUGUGUCCUAUGAUGAGUAAUUUCAACUCCCAAAUUGUCAAGCUAAUUGUAGACUACUACAAUUUCUGCAACAAUUUUCUAUCCUAUGGAUACACAGUAAGCAUACCAAUAAAGGUGAUGCAAAAUUGGUUGUGGAGAAAAAUAUACGCCGAGAAAAAUGCCACUCUCUUUCAUUGAACAAUUUGUGUGACUACUCUCAACUCUGGUCUCGUGAAUCACACAGGCAUGCACAAAAGAUUGUACUGUAAAUAGUCCUUUUUUUUGACACUUGAUAUAAAUGAGAAAGGAUGCAUGUUUCUGCCUCCUGUAUUUUAAUUUUACUGCUGGGAUUCUGAUGUGACUUAGUUGCUGUAAAUAUAUGACAUUUGGUUUCAUAAAAUGUGUUUGCACAAAAAAUGAA